AUGCACGGCACGCUGCCGCCUCCACAUCCGCAAGAGAGCGAGCGCUUCCGCUCGAGCAAACCCUCAAACAUCCGCUUGCAAGGCCCGUCUCGGCAAGCUCACACCCUCCUUACGGACCACCGUGGUCGCACUCCUGCCAAGCUACGAUCUCAACAUCACUAUGAGCAAGCCCGAGCUGUUGGUGCAAGUGGUGACGGACGUCAUCUGCCCGUGGUGUUUCGUCGGGUCACGGGCAUUGUGGGUGAGUCAAGCCUUUUCCUCCGUCGGCGCUGGUGUCACACUUCCUUCUACUUCGGGCUCGAAAACGCUUUCCUCGAGUCGGACGACUUCAAGACGCAAAUCGCACCCCACGUCAACACGGUGGUCAAGAUCGAACCGUACAUCCUCGAUCCGCGCCUUCCCGCAUCGACGUACGACACGCCAUCCAAGUACUAUGAUGCCAUCGAAACGACGCCGUACGAGCAGAGGGCACCGCCCACCAAGAAGUUCUACUACGGGUCCAAGUUUGGUGGUAAUCUGGACGCGUUUGACGCCAAGAUCUCGACCGCGGCGACGGCGUUGGGCAUGCCUACGUUCGACUGGACCAGCUCGGGCAGAGUGGGUGCGACGUGGAAUGCUCACCGUCUCGUACUCAAGGCAGGACAGCUGGACGAGCAACGCGGAUCCGCGUCCGGUGAAGACUCCGGCGCAUGCGUCAAGUCGUUGCAGGUGCGCCUGAUGGAUCGCUUCUACCAGGAUUUCCAUGCCAACAGCAAGGACAUGUCGGACAAUUCGUAUCUUGCAGCUGUAGCAACCGAGUUCGGACUCUUCGACUCGGAGGCGGCGGCGAGCAAGUGGCUCGAGUCGGACGACCUCGAGUACGAGCUGGGCAACAAGCUGCAGCAAGCCGAAAUGAACGGCGUGCAGAGCAUUCCGUUUUACAUCAUCAACGACGGCGCGGACCACAUGAGCGAGACGGGCUCGCACGAGUCGUUCCUGCGGAUGAUGCAGAUGGCGGUAGCACAUGGUCCAACCAGGCAGACAUGA